GGGAAAUGCGGCUUCGCGGAGGCAACUCAGAGAGAGGCUGUUCUCCCUGCCCGCGGCCUCCCUGCCCCGGUCCCGUUAGAACCUGCCCCCUGCGGGGCACCUGCCACUUCCUGGAGGGCCUCGGCUCGGGCUCUGCCUCGGCCUUGCUGCCCUUCCCGGAGGGAAAUAAACAUGGAGAAUAAUCGCAAGGCUGAGUCAUCAUCAUCUACCUUUACUCUUCAAACUUCUGAAACAUUGUUUUCUAUUCAACUAUUAGAUUUCAAAACAAGUUUGUUGGAAGCAUUAGAAGAACUGCGCAUGAGAAGGGAAGCAGAAACUCAAUAUGAAGAGCAGAUUAGUAAAAUUAUAGUCGAGACACAAGAACUUAAGUGGCAAAAGGAAACUCUUCAGAAUCAGAAGGAAACAUUAGCAAAGCAACACAAAGAAGCAAUGGCAGUUUUUAAAAAGCAGUUGCAAAUGAAGAUGUGUGCCUUGGAAGAAGAAAAGGGAAAAUAUCAACUUGCUACAGAAAUAAAAGAAAAGGAAAUAGAAGGAUUGAAAGAAACAUUAAAAACAUUACAGGUUUCUAAAUAUUCUUUACAGAAGAAAGUGAGUGAAAUGGAACAAAAGGUCCAGUUACAUCUUCUGGCCAAAGAAGAUUAUCAUAAGCAACUGAAUGAAAUUGAGAAAUACUAUGCUACAGUAACAGGUCAAUUUGGAGUGGUAAAAGAAAAUCAUGAAAAGUUAGAACAAAAUGUACAGGAAGCAAUACAACUAAACAAAAGACUUUCAGCUUUGAAUAAGAAACAAGAAUCUGAAAUAAGCAGUUUAAAGAAGGAACUAAAAAGGGUAGCCUCAGACUUGAUGAAGUCCAAGGUCACAUGUCAAUACAUGAUGGGAGAAGAAAGCAUCAGUCUAACAAUUAAGGAACAAAAAUUUCAAGAACUUCAAGAAAGACUCAAUAUGGAAUUGAAAUUAAAUAAGAAGAUAAAUGAAGAGAUUACCCAUAUUCAAGAAGAGAAGCAGGGUGUCAUCGUUUCUUUCCAACACAUGCAGCAGUUACUUCAGCAACAAACUCAAGCUAAUGCUGAAAUGGAGGCGGAAUUGAAGGUGCUAAAAGAAAAUAACCAGACCCUUGAAAGAGAUAAUGAGCUGCAAAGGGAGAAGGUAAAAGAAAAUGAAGAAAAGUUCCUGAAUCUUCAGAAUGAGCACGAGAAAGCACUAGGAACUUGGAGAAGACAUGUUGAAGAACUUAAUGGAGAAAUUAGUGAAAUGAAAAAUGAAUUAUCAUCACUUAAAGAAACUUAUGCUCAGUUACAAGAACAUUGUAAUAAAUUAUGUGAUCGGAACAAGUUUGAGGAAAGCAAGAAGGUUCAGAAUAUACCAGAAGUAAAUAAUACAAACAGUGAAAUGUCAACUGAAAAAUCAGAAAACACCAUUAUACAGAAAUACAAUUUUGGGCAAGCGAUAAGAGAAGGAAAUCCUGAAAGUUUUUGUUCAGAUACUGAAUAUGGAGAAAAGAAAGAAAAGAAAGAAGGUCUCCCUGUAGAAGAAAUCAUUAUAGAAGAUUUGCAACUUUUUGAAAAAUGCUUCAAGAAUGAGAUUGGUACUGCCUUCCUUCAGGAUGAAAAUCAAAGUGAAACCCCUCUACGUGAAAUCCUCUGCCUCGAUAAAGAAGUCACCAGACUAGGACAAGUCUUGAAUGUGGCUGACUUACAAUCAGUUACUACAGAGCUAAAAGACACUGUGUGUUUGGAAAAAGACGACAAAUGUACAGGAUUUAAAUCAGUGAGUAAACCUUUUUUAAUCGCGAAUAAGCCAGUAGAAACAGAGCAAGCACCUCCAGGAAGAACCGAAGGAUUAGACAUUCAUCAUGCAGAUGGGCAUCCUGAGGUUGAAAAUAACCAAACGUCACUUCCCCGUGUGCUGGUGGGGAUGGCUCACGAUGCAGAGGACAGGAGAGCUGUUCCUGAAAACCAGCCAUUCAAACAGUACGGUCGGCUUCCAGGCAUUCCAGAAGAUGCUACUGAGAUGGAAAUUAUAGACAGUGACCAGAACAAAGUGCAGUUGGACUCAUCUCUUGAUGAAGAGAUAAAUCUUGUUCAGUGUCAGAAAUCUAGUUUACAGGAUUCAAAUAAUGUGAUGAUAGGUGGCAAACAGUGUACAACAAAGCAAAUGCAACUGCAAAAUAAAAAAAGUAAGAGCAGCCUGUCAUCUUUGAAACAAACCUCCAAUUUUCAGCAGGUCCCUUGCAGUGAUACUUCAGAGAGACCUGAGCAGGCGGCUCCUUGCCAUGGAGUGGCAGAUCACCCUGUUUCCCCUGCUGCUCUUGAGCAGCAUUUGAAAGCACUCCUUAGGAAUUCAGAUAAAAGUCUUAACAUUACGCCUGUGUUGGCGAAAUCCAGCUCAAGGCCGGGGGAAAGAAAUAUAUGGAAAGAUAUGAAUAUGAAACCUCGCACGCCUGACCGGCCAUCUGAGAGCUGCUGGGGCUGUCUAGAAAAGAGCAGGAAGGCCACUUGCCAUCUUCAGGCUGACAGCGAGGACAGCCACGCUCCACAAGCCAAAGAGGCAAGAACUGUCGUCCACACAAAGGCUUCCACAGGAAUUCCGCUCCCCAGUAAAGAGACUCAGACUGACGAGAAUCAGAUAACUGAAGCCACAAAAAAUGACCCCUUCUUUGUGGAUGUUAACGAAAGACAGCAUACACUGUCAAAUAAUACAAAGAAAACAGAGUCAUUAAAUGACCCAGUUUCAGGAAAAAUGUACAGUGAAGAACAGCUGGAAGAAUCCCAUUCACUUCAUAUAAAGCCAUCAGAAGAUUUAGUAAACAGAAGUGGAAGGUCAGCCUUUGAUCUUUCAACUUCAGAUAAAAAAACUGAGAAAACUCUAGUAUAUACAGAUUUUUUAGAUCCUGGUCCUUGGCCAAAAGUAAAUCAAGCUCAAAGUCAGACAGCGAGCACUUCAACGUGCAGGAUUCCCUUGUUGUUGAGGGAGAGACUGGUAGGGCCGUCAGAAAACAGAAAGAGCGUUUCAGUGAGUCUGCGUGAAAAUGGUGGUGAGGAGAAUGUCAGCAAGGAUGUACCAGAUACGACCAGCAUUAACAGAGUUGCUGACACUUUGAAUAACUGGAGUAUCCAUCCAGAUCCCAAGGGGGAGCCCAGUGAAGAGAGGAAUGCAAUUGCCAAGACUCUUUAUGAUUCUUCUUUUCCCACAGAACAUGUGCAAACAAAGCCUGUGAAGUCUACUCUGUUACAAAGCCACUUGCAGGCAACCAAGUUUGAAGCCGUUACUGAUCUGGCUGCCUCUUCUCCCUGUGAAGACGACUGGCAGAGCCUCCUAACAAAAGAAAUAAAUGAAAUCGAAAAGUUCUUAAGCUUAGAAAACGACAACCAACCUAAAAAAAGAAAAGCAGAAGAGAUGUUGGAAAAGACAGAUUAAUGCCUGCAGUGGUGAACCAUGCACCAAAAUACUGUUUCUACUAGAACGAAAUGACUUGCAGUACACCUUAAGUUUCACAACUGUCCUCAUUCUUCCAGACUGCCUGAUGUUACUGUUUUGUAUCUGCUCUGCAAACGCGUCAUUUAAGAUAGCUGCCCUGUAAUUAUAGCUUGCCGUCAGCACCCAAUUAUUCCCCUUUAAAUUUGUCUUCCCUUUGUAGAGCCUUUCUUCAAAGUGGGGCCCUUCUGUCCUUACAGAACAGAACUUACCCAGCAGCCCUUCACCAGCAAUUACUUCGUAUCCCCUGGAAUUUGAUUUUACUUUUUGAGAUGAUAAAUGUCCAGACUAGGCAAGUUUUAGUUCAUAACAUUUUACUGUGAUUUGGGGUUUUCCCCUCCCAAAUGAACAAAAUUAAA